AUGAGACCAGUUACAGAACUACCUCCAGUUAAGCAUCAAGCAGCUAAAGAGACAAUAGGCAUAGUUAAAAAGGGCUUCUAUAUCAACAGUGUCGGACAAAAAAUCGAUGUUUCAGAUCAAAUCAAGUUUUCGAUUGAAAAUUCAAAACUUUACAAUUUAUCAUACAAAUUCAGCCUUGAAAAUGCGAAAACAAGCGAAAAUACAGUCAUUGAUGUUAUAGAUUCUUUGACCCUCGAAGCAUCAAAGGAACUCGUUGACAAAGGAAUCAAAACUUGUGCAUUAAAUUUCGCAUCAGCUCGAAACCCAGGAGGCGGCUUUGCUGGACCUAAUGAAGCUCAAGAAGAGAACUUAUGUCGCAGCUCAGCUUUGUAUUGGUCUCAAAUCAAACAUCCAGAAAUGUAUGAAUACAAUAGACAGAGCAAGUCGUUAUCAUAUAGUGAUUAUAUGAUAUUUACUCCUGAUUGUCCAGUUUGGCGCCAAUCUGACUAUACUUUACUUGAAAAUUCCUAUAAUUUAUCUUUCAUUACUGCUCCUGCAUGCAAUCUUACUAAAGGUGCUGAAGCUGAAACUCAUACAGCAAUGCUCAACAGAAUAAGGAAGAUUGUAAUGGUCGCAAUCGAAAAUAAUAUGAAAGGAUUAGUUUUAGGAGCAUUCGGAUGUGGAGUUUUCAAGAACAAUCCAGCAGAUGUUGCUAAUUACUUUAAGACAGUUCUUAUUGAUGAAGGAUUAGGAAAAUACUUUGAUUAUAUAGUUUUCCCAAUCAAAGAUGGUCGAAAAGCAGGACCAUUUAAGAGGGCUUUUAACAUACACUAA